AUGAUGACAUGGUGCAAAUUAAAAUUAAAGCUUACUACUGAGCAAAGAGAUGUUUAUGACAAAGUUCUGACAGUCGCUUCUAGUACUACUAGUGGUUUGUUUUUUGUUUAUGGUUAUGGAGGUACUGGGAAAACAUUUGUGUGUCGCACUUUGUCUGCUGCGCUUUGGUCACAGCGAAAAAUAGUUCUUAAUGUGGCAUUAAGUGGUAUUGCUUCGUUACUAAUGUCUGGUGGACCAUUGGAUAGAACUAUGCUAGAUUUGUUGCAAUUUACUAAUCCAUUGAAUUCUACGUUGCCGUUUGGAGGGAAGAUUGUUGUUCUAGGUGGUGAUUUUCACCAAAUAUUGCCAGUGAUACCAAAGGGUACUAGACAGGAUAUUGUUGGUGCGACUAUUAAUUCUUCAUAUUUGUGGGCUCAUUGUACAGUUUUGUGGUUGACAAAAAAUUUGAGGUUGCAUAGUGUUGGUGCUGAAGAUGAAAUGAGAGAGUUGUCUACUUUUGCUAACUGGAUUGCUUCAAUAGGUGAUGGUCAAGCUGGUGGUCCAAAUGAUGGUCAUGUAGAGGUUCCCAUUCCACCUGAAAAUUUGUUGCAAACAAAUCGUGAUCCAAUCCAAGUAAUUGUGGAAAGUACAUUUCUUCUGUUUCAAGAGCAGCAACAUGACGCUGAUUAUUUAAUUGGUCGAGCAAUCUUAGCACCAACUCUUGAAGUUGUAGAUGAAGUUAAUGACUACAUGAGUAACUUGAAUGUUGCCGAGUGUAGGACCUAUUUUAGUUCUGAUUCAGUUUGCCCCACUGAAAGCACUCUUGAUGUUGUGGCUGGGUUGCACACGCUGGAGUUACUGAAUGGGCUAAAAUGCUCUAGGUUGCCAAACCAUUGCUUGAAUUUGAAGAUUGGGUCUCCAGUUAUGUUGUUGCGCAAUAUUGACCAGGUUACUUAUUACAAAAUUAGCAGACCAUGUUGUUGA